AUGUACCCUCUUUAUGCUUCCAGGUAUCAAAUCCUCACAAUUCUACACCUAUAUAAUCCCAGGCGUAUCGCAAGUUACCGGGACUUAGAUCAAAGGGAGAAUGGUGAAGGAAACCGUGUUCGUUCUUCUCUUGGCCCUUGUCUUACUUUCCACAAUGUUCAGAACACAUGGGCCUAUGUUGCGGAUGAGUCGGAAUGUACCGAAGUCCUCCUGUCGAUGGAAGUGAUCAAACAUGCGGUGCGUUUCCGGGUGGUAAUUGAUUACCCUAUCCUCAGUGGAAUUGAGAAGGUGUUGAGUUCACGGCUUGAGCACACCAGGAGCUGGUUGUCGCGAAGGCGACCCUUCCCCUUGCUUCUUUUUAUUGUCCAUGCGCGAUAUCUCGUCAUGACUGAUUGCUGCAAAAUAGGAACGUCCUUAGAGAUAAGGAAGGGUGGUCAUCACUCUGGAGAUAGCCGGGCACAGUUUACCUGGCGCGAACUCAUGAACUGUUGUGGGCGGCUGCUGAAAAAAUUUCAAAGUAAAUGCGGGGAAUUUUCGGGGUUGCUUGCGGCGAAGGAGUUUCACGGUGCGGUGAAAAAUCUCGCUUGCAAUGGUGAAAAUUUAAUUGAGUCUUAUAUAUACUUCAUUAUUUUCAAGUCCUCCAUAAUCAAACAAGUCGCUUUAGCUCACUUGGGAGAGCGCCAGACUGAAGCAAUCCGCCUCACAGCGGCAAACUUCGGUUCUACCGAACGAAAUCUGGAGGUACUGUGUUCGAUCCACAGAAGCGACACAACAAUUUCUUUUUUGGACGACUCUUGUCUUUUUUGGGCUAGGAAGGAAGCUUUUUAG